AUGUCAAAAGUCAUUGCAGUCGCAGGCGGUACCGGCAGUGUUGGCCGCACCAUUGUGGAUGAACUAGAGAAGUCUUCUCUUUACGAUACCAUUGUCUUGGCCCGCAAUGUAAUUUCCAAGGUCCCGGAUCACAAUGAGAACAAGUCUCCUGUUCUUGCCGUCGAUUACAAUAACGUGGCUGAAACGGCACAGCUUCUUGCGAGCCGCAAGGUAGAAGUCGUCAUCUCCACCAUUCACAUAAUGGAAGAGGUUGCUUCGACAGCGCAAAUCAAUUUAAUCAAAGCCGCCAGUCAAUCUGGUACGGUCAAGCGCUUCAUCGUUAGUGAAUGGGGCAUUGUCCAUACUGAAGCAUCUCCUAUGUAUAAGUUUCGAGAAGAGGCUGCAUCUGAGCUUCGAAAGUCCGGACUAGAAUGGACUCGGGUCUCUAACGGCUACUUCAUGGACUAUUACGGAUAUCCUCACGUCAAAACGUAUCUGAAGCCGAUCUCUUUCGUGGUUGACGUGAAAAACAAGGCUGCCGGUAUCCCUGGUUCUGGAGAUGAUGUUGUUGCUUUUACUUAUACGGCCGAUGUGGCCAAAUUUGUCGUUGCAUCUCUGGGGCUGCCUAAGUGGGAAGAGAUUACUUAUUGCUAUGGUGAAAAAUCAUCAUACAACAAAAUUCUUGCCCUUGCAGAAGAAGCUCGUGGCACAAAGUUCAAUGUUACCUAUGACUCUGUUGAAAAGCUCAACAAAGGCGAGGUUACAGAAUUGCCUUCCCACCCUGCCAUAUAUUCCAUGGCACCAAAGGAAGUACUCCAGGGAAUCUUUUCACUGUUCGGCAAGUGGAUCAUCAAUGGAGAUUUCGACGUGCCUGAGGAUCUUAGCUUGAACGCCAAAUUUCCCGACAUCAAGACAACCAAGCUGAGUGAGAUCGUUGGGGCAUGGAAGGGACACUAA